GCGGGUACGCGCUCUCAACAAGUGUGAAGUCGGCCUCGAACACGCUGUACGACUUGCAAAUCUACUCGCUGUUCCCUCACCGAUGAGCGCGUUGCAGCCUGCCUGCCCGUUGUUUGCGCGCAUACGGUGACCUGGGUGACAGAUCAUCAGCUUGGGCGCGUGAACGACGACCUGACCCUUCCAACAUUUUCGAGACUCUUUAUAAGCAUUCCGCCCUUUGCGCAAUGGCCCCGAUCCCGGGAACACCAAAUUCACGCGUUAGGUCUGCCGGUAGACCACAGAAACGAAUCGCUUCCGAAUCCGCUCGCGCACAAGCGAGACGAUAUAUUCCUGGAGGACCAGGUGGUGGCGGUAGAUACGUGGAUGACGCUGGCCAGGAAACGCCAGUAGGAGGUACAGGACCCGGAGGAUACGCAUAUACUGGACCGCGCGGUCGCAUAGGCAGGAUGAACGCCGAAAAGCAGGGUAUCAAUUACUCUGCACCUUCACCAUCACGAACUUACCCCCGACCUCGGCGUGAACGCCCCUCUGGACCUCGAUCUAGUUCUGCCGCUGCAGUGGCUGCUGCAGUGGCGCAAAGUGAUGGAUACAAGCCUAGAGAAGAGCGUGGCUGGGAGGAGUUCCAUCAAGAUCUUGACAUUGAUACAGAGUUCCAGAUAUUCAGUGCAGACUUGGUGGAUGGCACAAGCCCUGCGGUAUCGAGCCCUGGCACGCCACUCAAUGGCUCCACUGGCCAAUAUGCCAUCGAAAGUGGUGCAUCAGCGAUACUCGACGAGGCAAUACGUUUGUCACAGGAUAACGAGGGUUCAACUGGAGGGCUAAAUGGCGGCCUAUCUACACCUAUAAAACGACGCGUCGGGCGACCGCCUCGCAAACUGGAUUCGAUGCUCACCGGUCUAGGAUCUCCACCUGCCCCCCGCAUAGUUCCGCUUCCCACAAUGAACCCGAAGGAGAAGCUCAAUCUGCCCAAACCUUCCGUACGGAAAGUCGAUCCGUUCAAAUCUUUCGAGGAAGGCGAAGGUGUACAGGUCAACUACGUAGACCGCACCAUGGCAGGACUUGGAUAUCAAGAGAGCGAAAUGUUCCUCAGACCAGAGCGAAGUCUCGUCAGGGUCCCCGAGGGCUCCAUAGAAGACGAUCUGGAUAUACCAUCACAGGCUGGUGGCGAAAAUACCAACAGCGCCGUAGCUAUCGGACGUGUCGAAUAUGACAUGGAUGAGCAAGAUGAUCGCUGGUUAGGCCAGCUCAAUGAACAACGGCGGGAAGAAGGAGUUGAACCUAUCAAGCCCGCAAUUUUCGAAGUGACCAUAACCCAAAUCGAAAAGGAGUGGCACGCACUAGAAAAACGGAUUCCGAAACCAAACCCAAAACCCCCACAGACCCACAGACCUCGAUCGAGUUCGGCAGCUGCAGUAAAUGGUGAACCUGCCGGACAAAAUGAAGAGCAAGAUACCAAGUGUGCAAUUUGCGAUGAUGGCGAUUGCGAAAAUACAAAUGCUAUUGUGUUUUGCGACGGCUGUGAUCUUGCUGUGCACCAAGAAUGCUACGGUGUGCCGUUCAUUCCUGAAGGACAGUGGCUUUGCAGGAGAUGCCAACUCGUGGGACGCGGGACCCCCAUCAGUGAACAACCAGGUUGCAUAUUCUGCCCGAACAUAGACGGCGCCUUCAAGCAGACUACAUCGAUGAAGUGGUCCCAUCUGCUUUGCGCUAUGUGGAUACCUGAGGUGUCGUUAGGGAAUACUACCUUCCAAGAGCCAGUGCAGGAUGUCGAAAAGGUUCCGAAAACCCGCUGGAAACUGACUUGCUACAUUUGCAAACAGAAAAUGGGUGCUUGCAUUCAGUGCGGCCACAAGUCCUGCUUCGAGGCAUUUCACGUCACUUGUGCCCGAAGAGCGCGCUUGUGCCUCAGAAUGAAGUCGACACAAUCGUCAAAUUCGAUGGAUGCUACUGUACUCAAAGCAUACUGUAAUCGACACAGUCCUGGCGACUGGCGUCGUGAAAACGAUGUUGAUGAAGCAUUUGCAGACGCUAAGAUGUUCUAUAAGCAAACCCUACGCCACGUACACUGGGGUGACAGCCAAGCUAUUGCAUUGUCGAUGGGCACCAGCCAACCAAUGCCUUCAGUCGAAGGACCCGAGGACGCAGCUUGGGAUGGAGGCGGAGCUAAUAAGCGCAAGAGAGGCCAAUCCACCAGGUCAUGGCGGUUACCAUCUGGGGCUCCGGUCGUGCCUCAAUCCGUCUAUCACAACGUCGAAAAUGCCCUUAUCAGAUUCGCGGUGCGGAAAAGGAAAGAGUUCGUUCAGGAAGCCUGCAAGUACUGGACGUUGAAGCGCGAGGCCAGACGAGGCGCUGCCUUGUUGAAACGCCUCCAGCUCCAAAUGGAGGCUUUCUCCUCGAUGGAGGUCACUCGGCGCAAUUUUGCUGCCAUGGGUGCCGUGGGCCGACCGCGCCUUCAACGUCGCAUUGAGUUUGCCGAGCGACUGGAAGACGACAUGGAGCAGAUGCGUGUCCUGUGUGACCUUGUCCGAAAACGAGAGGCGGAAAAGCUACAGAGCACUCUUGUUCUAAAGAGCAUACUCGAUGCUGUCUAUUUCCCGAUUCCCAAACUGCUUCAACCGAUUCUGGAUAAAGCACAGAAUCUCGAUAACAAAGGGAACUUUUCUGAUGGGUUUAAUAAGAUACAAGUCAAACUCGACGAUAAAUUCUACACUUCGGUGCAGAAUUUCAGUGAGGACAUGGCAGCGGUCUUCAGCUCCGUUAUUGGUUUUGCAACAAUCACAAACGUUGUUGAUGCCGAAGAACAACUUAGUGGUGUAGCCCAUAGUUCAUUGACGUCCGAACAAAAGGAGGUGAAGAAGCUGGCGAAACGCAUCAUCAAAGCUAUUCAACCCCAAUUCGAGGAAGCUCUGCGCAGCGAGUCUGACCUGGCCGGCAAGCCAUACGAGAAGGAACUGCCCAAUCUGGAAGCUUUGCUCGAUCAGAGUCUAGGUCGACGACGAAGCACCUCAUUGAGAAACGAAAAUCACGUCGAGGCUUCCACCGAAACGGUCGCGAAUGGACGCAUCACCAAUGGAGACUUGCAAGAAGAGAAAGUCAAGGAUGAGCAUAUGCACCUUGCACCGACGCCUGACGAAGAUUUGGCGGAACAUCACCUUCAAUUGCGAGACGAUGCAGCAGACGAGGCAGCCAUUGCUGCUCAGUUUGGGCAAGAAGCUCUGCACGUGUCUGCUGGAAAGGGCGAUGGCGACGAGGAUGCCAUGGACAUCGACAGAGAAGUCACGGAGAACACCGGCGCAGGUGCACCCCCUCUCACGCCACCAAGGUCUGAACGGGACCUACUAGCAUUCACUACUCAAGGUGGCAUACCGUGGUACAUGGAACCCUUUAGUCCUGUAGGCACCACCAUACACGACGAGAAAUGGACGGGGAGAGAUUUGCUCCGCGACAUGAGCGAGGAACUCAGCGAAUUAGACGAUGAUGAGCUCGAUGAGCUCGCAGAUUCGGAAGAGCAGAUGCCGACGGAAGGUCUUGCCCCGGAAACAUCUGUUUCAGAAACACGACGGAAAGCGGCGAGAACGCAGAAGAAGAGAACACGAGCUUAUAGAUGAGAGAGGGGUAGGGAGGAGUUUCCAUAUUCAAUUCUUGAUUGACACCUGCCCAGAGACAUGCGGACUUUUGACGCAUACGUGGUAGGGUGUCUACACAGUAUGUCGUGUCAUAUCUUGAUUUCACUAGCAUUGUACAUUAUUAUACCAAUUCUGAGGUUUGGGAGGUGUAUGUGGGGUUAUUCUGGCAACAAGGGUUUCUCGAUAAUGGGGGAUUGGUGUGCUGGAGAAUGGUUUGGUGUCAGGUUUACUUUUCGACAUGUUUCACGUCUGGCCAGCAGCCGUCGAUUUCUUUUCAAGCGUUUUGACGGGUUCUUGCAGUAAGCUAGCUAGCAGCUAAGUAAGAAAGUAGUUUUUUGAACUAGGUAUACAUAAUGAAUAUGGGUACACAAC